GGCCUCAGUCCGGGGCCUGGCGGAGUUUCUCCGGGCCGGGAAGUUUCUGGGCUGCCCGCGGUCCAGCCUCCAUCGCCGACCUCGCGCUGCGCCCCCGCGCGCGCCUGCCGCCCCCGCGGGGCGCCGGCGGGGGCGGGGCGCUGGCCCGCGAGCGCUUCAAGGUGGUCUUUGCGCCGGUGUACUGCAAGCGGACCUGUCUCAAGGGCCAGUGUCGGGACAGCUGUCACCACGGCACCAACAUGACGCUGAUCGGAGAGAACGGCCACAGCACCGACACGCUCACGGGCUCCGGCUUCCGCGUGGUGGUGUGCCCUCUGCCCUGCAUGAAUGGUGGCCAGUGCUCCUCCCGAAACCAGUGCCUGUGUCCCCCCGACUUCACUGGCCGCUUCUGCCAGGUGCCCGCCGGAGGAGCUGGCGGUGCCGGAGGAGGCUCAGGCCCGGGGCUGGCCCGGGCGGGGUCCACAGGCACCCUGCAGCCCCUGGUUCCAGAGGGCGAGUCUGUGGCCAGCAAGCAUGCCAUCUACGCCGUGCAGGUGAUCGCCGAUCCUCCCGGGCCGGGGGAGGGGCCUCCUGCCCAGCAUGCAGCUUUCCUGGUGCCCCUGGGGCCGGGACAGAUAUCAGCAGAAGUGCAGGCCCCGCCCCCCGUGGUGAACGUCCGAGUCCACCACCCGCCUGAGGCUUCGGUCCAGGUGCACCGAAUCGAGGGGCCCAACGCUGAGGGCCCUGCCCCCUCCCAGCACCUGCUGCCGCACCCCAAGCCUCAGCACCCACGACCUCCCACCCAGAAGCCCCUCGGCCGCUGCUUCCAGGACACGCUGCCCAAGCAGCCAUGUGGCAGCAACCCCCUGCCCGGCCUCACCAAGCAGGAGGACUGCUGUGGGAGCAUCGGCACUGCCUGGGGCCAGAGCAAGUGCCACAAGUGCCCUCAGCUGCAGUACACAGGGGUGCAGAAGCCAGGUCCUGUACGUGAGAUGGGCUCUGAGUGCCCCCAGGGCUACAAGAAGUUCAACAGCAGCCACUGCCAGGACAUCAACGAGUGUGCGAUGCCAGGGAUGUGUCGGCAUGGUGACUGCCUCAACAGCCUGGGCUCCUAUCGCUGCAUCUGCCCACCUGGCCAUAGUUUGGGCCCCUCCCGCACUCAGUGCAUUGCAGACAAGCCUGAGGAGAAGAGCCUGUGUUUCCGCCUGGUGAGCCCAGAGCACCAGUGCCAGCACCCUCUGACCACGCGCCUAACCCGACAGCUCUGCUGUUGCAGUGUGGGCAAGGCCUGGGGAGCAAGGUGUCAGCGCUGCCCAGCAGAUGGCACUGCUGCCUUCAAAGAGAUCUGUCCAGCUGGGAAGGGGUACCACAUCCUCACCUCCCACCAGACACUCACCAUCCAGGGCGAAAGCGACUUUUCCCUUUUUUUGCAUCCUGAUGGGCCGCCCAAACCCCAGCAGCUCCCCGAGAGCCCCAGCCGGGCACCACCACCUGAGGACACAGAAGAAGAGAGAGGUUUGACCACAGACCCACCAGUGAUCGAGGAGCGGUCAGUACAGCAGAGCCACUCCACGGCCACCACCUCUCCUGCCAGGCCCUACCCGGAGCUGAUAUCCCGCCCCUCGCCACCUACCAUCCGAUGGUUCCUGCCCCCAGACUUGCCACCCUCCCGCAGUGCAGUGGAGAUCGCCCCCACUCAGGUCACAGAGACCGACGAGUGCCGACUGAACCAGAACAUCUGUGGCCACGGGGAGUGCGUCCCGGGCCCCUCCGACUACUCCUGCCACUGCAACCCUGGCUACAGGUCACAUCCACAGCACCGCUACUGCGUGGACGUCAACGAGUGUGACGCGGAGCCAUGCGGCCCCGGGAAGGGCACUUGCCUGAACACCGGCGGCUCCUACAACUGUCACUGCAACCGCGGCUAUCGCCUACACGUGGGCGCCGGGGGGCGCUCCUGCGUGGACCUGAACGAGUGUGCCAAGCCCCACGUGUGCGGCGACGGCGGCUUCUGCAUCAACUUUCCUGGCCACUACAAGUGCAACUGCUAUCCCGGCUACCGGCUUAAAGCCUCUCGACCGCCAGUGUGCGAAGACAUUGAUGAAUGCCGGGACCCCAGCUCCUGCCCUGAUGGCAAAUGCGAGAACAAACCCGGGAGCUUCAAGUGCAUCCCUUGUCAGCCUGGCUACCGCAGCCAAGGGGGCGGGGCCUGCCGCGACAUCAACGAGUGCGCGGAGGGCAGUCCCUGCUCUCCCGGCUGGUGUGAGAACCUCCCCGGUUCCUUCCGCUGCACUUGCGCCCAGGGCUAUGCGCCCACGUCCGACGGCCGCAGCUGUGUGGAUGUGGACGAGUGUGAGGCUGGGGACGUCUGUAACAAUGGCAUCUGCACCAACACACCAGGCUCCUUCCAGUGUCAGUGCCUCUCUGGCUACCAUCUGUCAAGGGACCGGAGCCACUGCGAGGAUAUUGAUGAAUGUGACUUUCCUGCGGCCUGCAUUGGGGGUGACUGUAUCAACACCAAUGGCUCCUACCGAUGUCUCUGCCCUCAGGGGCAUCGGCUGGUGGGUGGCAGGAAGUGCCAAGACAUAGAUGAGUGCAGCCAGGACCCCAGUCUGUGCCUGCCCCACGGGGCCUGCGAGAACCUGCAGGGCUCCUACGUUUGUGUCUGCGAUGAGGGCUUCACACCCACCCAGGACCAGCAUGGCUGUGAGGAGGUGGAGCAGCCCCACCACAAGAAGGAGUGCUACCUUAACUUCGACGACACGGUGUUCUGUGACAGUGUACUGGCCACUAACAUCACCCAGCAGGAAUGCUGCUGCUCGCUGGGGGCCGGCUGGGGAGACCACUGCGAAAUCUACCCAUGCCCAGUCUACAGCUCAGCUGAGUUCCACAGCCUCUGCCCGGACGGAAAGGGCUACACGCAGGACAACAACAUUGUCAACUACGGCAUCCCCGCCCACCGCGACAUCGACGAGUGCAUGUUGUUCGGGGCGGAAAUCUGCAAGGAGGGCAAGUGUGUGAACACGCAACCCGGCUAUGAGUGCUACUGCAAGCAGGGGUUCUACUACGACGGGAACCUGCUGGAGUGUGUGGACGUGGACGAGUGUCUGGACGAGUCCAACUGCAGGAACGGCGUGUGCGAGAACACGCGCGGCGGCUACCGCUGCGCCUGCACCCCGCCCGCCGAGUACAGCCCCGCGCAGCGCCAGUGUCUGAGCCCCGAGGAGAUGGACGUGGACGAGUGCCAGGACCCGGCAGCCUGCCGCCCUGGCCGCUGCGUCAACCUGCCGGGCUCCUACCGCUGCGAGUGUCGCCCGCCCUGGGUGCCCGGGCCCUCCGGCCGCGACUGCCAGCUCCCCGAGAGCCCGGCCGAGCGGGCCCCGGAGAGGCGCGACGUGUGCUGGAGCCGGCGCGGGGAGGACGGCAUGUGCGCGGGGCCCCUGGCCGGGCCUGCGCUCACCUUCGACGACUGCUGCUGCCGCCAGGGCCGCGGUUGGGGCGCACAGUGCCGCCCGUGCCCGCCGCGCGGCUCCGGGUCCCAGUGUCCGACCUCGCAGAGUGAGAGCAAUUCAUUUUGGGACGCGAGCCCCCUGCUGCUGGGAAAACCUCCGAGAGACGAGGACAGCUCCGAGGAAGACUCAGACGAGUGCCGCUGUGUGAGCGGCCGGUGCGUCCCGCGGCCUGGCGGCGCCGUGUGCGAAUGUCCCGGAGGCUUCCAGCUGGACGCCUCCCGCUCCCGCUGCGUGGACAUCGAUGAGUGCAGAGAACUGAACCAGCGCGGGCUGCUGUGCAAGAGCGAGCGCUGCGUGAACACCAGCGGCUCCUUCCGCUGCGUCUGCAAGGCCGGCUUCGCUCGCAGCCGCCCACACGGGGCGUGUGUGCCUCAGCGCCGCCGCUGAGCAGCCUCGGCCAUCACGCGAUCACCAAGCGGUUUCGGCUGACACUGGGGGCUAGCUCGGUAGCUCCUGCCUGCCCCAACUCAGGAUUCGGACCCAGGGACCCUCCAGGGCUGCAGACCCUUUUCUGCACCCCAGGCCCGGGGGUGCCCCUGGAGGCCUCGAUUCAUGGUUGGGUGUUGGGUCUGUCGGGCACUGUCAGCCUUCCUGAGGAAGAAUCCUAGAAACUGAUAAAUCAGAUCCAGAUUGCGCCUCUUCAGUUUACUCUUGGCUUUCAAAACAAAUUGACGUUCACAUCUGUGGUUGGCCAGGACUGUGCAGGCCAGUGCCGGACCCCAGCCAUCAUGGAGGGGCUAGACUGAGCCCAGGACUGGGGGUGUGAAAUAGAAUUUAUUGGGGCUCUGAUUAUGUACACGUGAGAUGCGCCUGGCAGGUCGGCCGGGCUCACAUGGUUUUGUACAAUAAAUACAUCGGCUGGGCCUGCUUUCCUCA